AUGGCUGACAUACCACGCAAUAACGCGUUUUAUGCUGAAGAAAUAGCUGAUGCUGAUGCUAGUGGUGAGACAGCCUUUGUGUCGAUGACUGAUACCGAUACGUCCGCAUAUCACGAAACAGCUCUGCAAGCUAUCGACCCGGACAGUAAUCCUGUCGCUACCGAGCCCGAGACAUUCUCCCAAGCUGUAGAAAGUGCUUCACAACAACUGAGGAACGAACUCGCCAGGAGCCGGGCUGUGGAGUCCUUCUCUACCACCGAUACUGACCCUUCCGACUACCAGGAACAGGCCAUCGAGAGCUACGCAGCAUCGCAAAUGGAUACGACAACUCCAAGAGCGGAACAACGACCGCAAUUCUCCGAGACAACGAGUACAGAUGUUCAACUAAAAAGCCAGUUAUGCUCUCCACUCGCUUCACUAGCUCCUGCUCAGCCAAGUUCACGAUCAGUUACAGUUCAGUACAUUCCUACAGAGAACGCGUAUGAUAAAUGGUCGGCAGUUUAUGAUAGCGACGGAAAUGUCCUUCAAGCAAUCGAUGAUCUCGAAUUAGAGCAAUGGCUCCCACAGUUUCUCGACCUCGCCUGUAGAUCAGUCUCAACCCCAGCAACCACGAUUCUAGACGUGGGGUGUGGUACCGGCCGCAACACAGCCAAGGUCUUCGCCGUACAAACCUCGACAAAUUGCCCUACCCAUGUGACAGGUAUCGACCUGUCGUCAGGUAUGCUCACAGUUGCAGAGAAGAAGCUUCGACCUUUUGCAACCGAAAACGUCACACUCGAGCUCGUUCACGCCGACCUGUUCUCGCCCUCCACAUUGCCAAGCCUACCUCUCGGUGAUGCACUGAUCUCAACUUUGGUCCUCGAACACAUCGAACUCGACCCUUACUUCCGUGUUCUGUCUUCACUUUUGCGUCCGGGAGGCUACGCUCUGGUCACAAACAUGCACAAAGAGAUGGGGAUGCAAACGCAAGCAGGUUUCAAUGCGACCGACGGAACAAAGAUCAGGGGUACGAGCUGGGCACACGGACUACCAGAGACGAUCCGGGCUGCACACAAAGAGGGACUGGAGCUUGUUGGAAAUGCGAGAGAGAGAAGUGUUGAGGAGAGCAUGAUAGGCAAUCAGGUCGGAGAACGAGGGAGGAAAUGGAUCGGUGUCAAUAUUUGCUCGGCAUCUCCCAAAGAACAGACCCUUGAUGAGGGGAAAGCUGGUCAUAGUGAAACAAUGUCUUCUGGUCAGAAUGGGUAUGUUGACACCACCGGAUCUGGAUGGUUCUCCGAAGUUUGUGCAUUAAUCAGGUUUACUCGAAAGAAGAUUGGCGCCGGUUCUUAUGACGUCUUUCUGGUGCUCAACAGCUUAGGACCUGUUUCGAAACAUGAUGGAUUAGCUGUGCUUGUCUCCGGAUCUUAUUCCGCCUUGGCUAUUAGUCACAUUACUACUCACAUUACGAGUGCCACCCGUGACGCCUACCGACCGAUGAGACGGAUAUCGAGUGACUUUAAAAAACACUGGACUGGUCAUCAGGAGGGUGGGUGGAUGGCGGUCGCGGUCGUAAUUGCCCCAGGAGAAGAUGUCGUUUUUUGA